AUUUUGUUCGGUAGCCGGCUAGCAAAAGAAAGUGUAUUUUUGUUUUGUUUCUUCGUCGGUGAUUUUAAAGUAAACUAAACCACCAAAUUCACAGUAUUUAGCUUUAAAACUACUGUAAAAAUGAUGAGUGAACUGUCGCGCGGGUUCCGCGAAGAUUGCUACGACUUCUUAGCGGAGUUUACUCGCCACGAAUCGACAGAAUUCCGCCACUUCUGCUACGAAUGGAAACGAAUGAACUUCCAGUUUGUGUUCUAUGGAAGGAAUACCGACGUGGAAAUGAUUGCCUUCGUGACGGAGGCAUUGGCCAUCGUGAAGAAGAUUUUCAUGAACUCGAAAAAGCCGCUGGAGAGAAUCGGAGCGUUCUAUAUGUUGUAUGCGCUUUACUUCAAGCAGCCGACCGAGCAGUUCUGCAAGAUCCGGGUCACUACCACGGAUUGGGCCGAAUUCAAACAAUUUGUCCAGAGCCCGACGUUCGAGCAUCAUUCGCUGGAGGUUGCGGCCAUUUUCUGGAAGAUGUUCGUCGGAGAUGCUUUUCGGUUCGUACAGGACGAGUUCGAGUAUGGGUACGAUGCGUUCUUUGUGAGAGGUGAUCAAUCGGGGCGGUUCGACGAUAAGGCGAGAGAUUCGUUCAAAGUGGUGCGACAGGCCGAAAAGGAGUUCCGAGCGAUGAAGGCCAAUACGGGGUUGUAUACGGCGCUGGAUGCGCUGGAGAUGGGGUACAACGAGAUGAAGGAGUCGUUAGAAGAAACCGAACCCUCCGGCUGUUCCAAUGACAAAAUCCCCCAGUCCAACCUGAUGCAAGGCCUCCACCGGGACCUGGACGUCCUGAUUGCGAUUCUUAACACCUCAAACGAUCCUCACCCAGAUGACGAUCUGGGGUACGAUCCGUUUGCCACGUCCAGCGAAGACAUCGGUGCCAAACGGACUACCUUGAAGGACAAAGCCUUCCGGAAGAAGGUUCAUCGUAAAGAUUUGCAGAUUGCCUCUGCCUCGGCCACGCAAGAUGCCGGCGUAGGUUCUUCGACAUCGCCGGGUCGCCUGCGGAGACCACGUGCCACCAAAAAGCGCGACCUGAACUCGUCCGUGAUGACCAAUGAGGGGAUGAUCGAGCCGAUGAGCACCGACGAUGACGAACCGCCAGCGGCGGUCUAACGCAGGGUGACCACGGACCGCCUCUGAUUUGUUGGAUACUUAUUUUUGCACGCACGCGCGCGACAGAUUGAGUGUGUAGCUAUUUAUGAAGUGUGAUAAUUUGAAUUGCUACGGGAUUUUCUGCGCGAUUCGGGAUCCACAAUUCACGCCACUUGCUUGCUGCCGCGGGAAACGUUUUAUUUCCGCUUGCGCCCGAACGAUACGAUCCCACCCACCCACGUGCGAAGAUUGCUACCUGUAUCAGUGUGUCGGUUCUGUACAAAGUAGGUAUCAGAUCAGUCUGUCUCUGAUGGUAAAUGUGAUAAUUAGGAUUAUAUUUUUUUAUAAGUUUUACUGUUCAAGCGAGUGGCGUCGUAAAGUUGAAUAAAUUAUUGAUUGAAGUCGA